AUUUAGUUCAGUUUUGAAUCGUCAGAUGACCGCAGAGUCGAUUUCCUUUUCGCGUAGAUGAAGUAGCGUAAGCGUGGCUAAUCAAGGUACAAAAAGAAAAAUGAGCAGCUCUGAGGAGGUAUCGUGGAUUUCAUGGUUCUGUGGACUAAGGGGAAAUGAAUUCUUCUGCGAGGUUGAUGAGGAUUAUAUACAAGACAAAUUUAAUUUGACGGGUUUAAACGAACAAGUACCACACUAUAGACAAGCGUUGGAUAUGAUAUUAGACUUAGAACCAGACGAUGAAUUAGAUGACAAUCCGAAUCAGUCGGAUUUAAUUGAACAAGCUGCCGAAAUGCUAUAUGGGUUAAUUCAUGCUAGGUAUAUUUUAACGAAUCGUGGAAUUGCUCAAAUGAUAGAGAAGUAUCAAUCAGGUGAUUUCGGUUUUUGUCCUAGGGUUUACUGUGAAUCUCAGCCAAUGCUGCCUUUAGGUUUAUCCGACGUACCUGGUGAAGCAAUGGUGAAGUCAUAUUGCCCCAAAUGUAUGGACGUGUACACACCAAAGUCUUCUAGACAUCACCACACAGAUGGCGCCUAUUUUGGCACCGGUUUUCCUCACAUGUUGUUCAUGGUGCAUCCUGAGUAUAGGCCCAAACGUCCAACAAAUCAAUUCGUUCCUAGGUUAUUUGGUUUUAAAAUCCAUCCUCUGGCAUAUCAGCUUCAGCAGCAGGCUGCUUCGACGUUCAAGACCCCACUAAGAAGUUUGAAUUUCAAUAACGGUAAACGUUAAUAUGGUGUAUAUUUUUAAAUUGUAUUCAAGUGGAUGAGAAAUACGUUAGUUAAAUGUGUUUUGAAGGAAUCUUCUGUUGAGUGGAUAUAUUAUGUUUGUAGUUAUAUAUUGAGGAUAUCUCUUUUUAUUAACCUGAUUUUGGACGACUUUAUUUCGAGCAUGAUUUCUUCGUUUUAACGUUUUUUUUUUAUAAGUUACACAUUCAAAUUACAAUAUUCCUUCAAAGUAACGCAAGGACGGUCGUACCAUUAAAUAAAUAGGACAAAUAAUAAAUAACCGCAGUAUAAAUAAACCAGUACUGAAAUGUUUGU